GAAUAUCCGUGAUCCACAGCCGUUAUCUCGGGACGUUUACCAAGGUCUCGCGAGAACUCGGAGCGUGAGCGAAUUAAUUCAUGGAGCUGUUAUGUCGAGAGACACAUGUCGAUGACUGACUAGAUUUAUUCAAAUAUAUUCGACAUAUGUGUUUAUAUUUAGUAGUUAUAAGGCAGCAGCUUGUUCAUAUGAUGUUUUGAUUUUUUUAACUGCACCACCGUUAGGGGAUUAAGAAGUUAACUAACUUCUUGGCUUCGUUGUGUUAACUAACGUCUCGCUGCAAAAGACUUUUAAAAAAAAUGUUAGAUAAACUGGGUGGGGUCAUGGUGGAUGAAUGGGUAUAAAAAGGAAGGCGGAACCAACAGUCGUCAUAGCGGGUAGCCAGCGGGCUCGUUUCCCGGACGGACGCCGAACAGCAGCAUCUUACAACAGCCCGCCUUCGCCAACAGAAACCACUUUUAAUCCUCUUAGGAGUCCAACUCUUCGACUAGUAGCAUGCAAAACAUGUUGACCAUCAUCACCAACGCACUGUACCGGAUAACCGGAAGGAAUGUGGGAGCCCAAACAGUGUCGGAGUUGCUGAUUGGCCUGUCAGAGUACGUCAGUGUAACCUUCCCGGCGGUGCCCGACUUGGCACGGACGCAGCGGCUGCCUCCCAAACCGCCGCCGACACCAACGCCGCCGCCGCCGGUAGUAGCAGCUAGCGCGAGCGCGGCUCUCUUAGCUAGGAUGCCGGCCGAGCCGUUAGCCCGAGCAGCUGCUUCACGCUCAUUCGCCAACUUCACACCUCAGAUGACGUUUGACAUCAAGAAAUGCGACCUGCAUGGUUUGGAGGAGGGGCCUCCAGAGAAGGCGGAGCUAACACGGGAACAGGGCCUGCAGUACUACCGCACCAUGCAGACGGUGAGGCGCAUGGAACUGAAGGCCGAUCAGCUCUACAAGCAGAAAAUCAUCCGUGGGUUCUGUCACUUGUACGACGGACAGGAAGCGUGUGCCGUAGGUAUCGAGGCCGCCAUUAACCCCACCGAUCACGUGAUCACGGCGUACCGUGCACACGGCUACACGUACACACGCGGCGUACCCGUCAAAGAGAUCCUGACUGAGCUCACGGGCAGGAAAGGCGGCGUCUCCAAGGGCAAGGGAGGCUCCAUGCACAUGUACGCACCCCAUUUCUAUGGCGGGAACGGCAUUGUGGGAGCGCAGGUUCCGCUGGGUGCCGGGAUCGCUCUGGCCUGCCAGUACCAAGGCAACAAUCAACUCUGCGUCACGCUGUAUGGCGAUGGAGCGGCCAAUCAGGGGCAAAUCUUUGAGGCCUUUAACAUGGCCGCCCUCUGGAAGCUCCCCUGCAUCUUCAUCUGCGAGAACAACAAAUACGGCAUGGGCACGCCGGUGGAGAGGGCGUCGGCCAGCAGGGACUAUUACAAGAGAGGGGACUACAUACCAGGAAUCAGAGUGGACGGCAUGGACGUCCUGUGUGUGAGAGAGGCUGUGAAGUUUGCCGCCGACCACUGCCGAGCUGGAAAGGGUCCGGUUGUACUGGAGCUAGAGACCUAUCGUUACCACGGACACAGCAUGAGUGACCCGGGCGUCAGCUACCGCACUCGGGAGGAGAUCCAGGAAGUGCGCCUCAAGAACGACCCCAUCUCUGUGCUGAAAGGGAGAAUGCUGGACAACAAUAUGGCGUCCGCAGAGGAAUUGAAAGAAAUGGACAUGGCUAUCAGGAAAGAGGUGGAGGAGGCCGCCCUGUUCGCCACGUCUGAUCCGGAGCCACCGCUGGACGAUCUUUGCAACAAUAUUUUCAAAAGCGAUGUGGCGCUGGAGGUCCGAGGGACAAACCCCUGGUCGAAGCUCACAUCCGUAAGCUAGUCUGGCAGCUGGAUUCCUCCUGCUACAAAACCGAUGCUCUGGGGCUCUGUUUGAACUUUGCAGAAUUCAGGACCUUGACGGGCUUGGACUUGGCCAUGUUUGCCACUUUUAAAUAGAUGUAUUUAUUCAUAUAUGCGCUUGACUUUUUAACAAAACAGCACAUGGAUUGUACAAGUUGGAUUUAAUUUAUUUAAAGUUUUUAUGUGAUUUAUUUGAGUGUUUUAUUUUUGUUAUAUGCAAGCAACAAACCUCACAACAGUUAGAAGCACUUUAAUUUUUGGUUUUAUCUUUUUUACAGUGAAGGAGGAACUUGUUCCCCUCAUAUUUCAUGCCGCCAAGAAUAAAAGUAUGAAAAUGG